CGGGGUGCUUCCAGAAGAGAGGCUCAGAAAAUUUAGGGAACAAUAAGAGGCGACGGACGGUCUGCCGCUUCUCGUCCUCUCCUUCUCCCGACCAGCGUCUUGAGACUUCGAGGUUUUCACAAGCCUUGAAACCACAGAAACAGGUCGCCAUGGACCACAACAAGCUUGUCGAGCUCUUGAAGAGCACCCAGAUCCCCGACACCAACAAGGUCAAGGCCGCGACCGCCGAGCUCCGCAAGGACUUCUACCCGCACCCAGAGGCCCUCAUUGGUCUUCUCCAUGUCAUCGUGUCGAGCCCCGAGCCGACCAUCCGCAUGCUUGCGGCGGUCCAGGCCCUGAGACUUGUCCACAAGCACUGGGAGAAGAUCGAGGCUGGCCAGAAGCCCGCCGUCCGCAACGAGCUGCUCCAGGCUGUUGUCCGCGAGCAGGACUCCAAGUGCCGCCAUGGCGAGUCCCGCGUCAUUGCUGCCAUCGCUACCCUCGACUUCGAACAGAACGAGUGGACCGACCUCCUGCCUGCCAUCUAUCAGCUCGCCACAUCCGAUGCCGUUGGCCAGCGUGAGGUCGGCUCGUACGUCAUCUUCAGCCUUCUCGAGGCCAACCCUCCCUACUUCGAGGACCACCUUGCCCGGCUGUUCGAGCUCUUCGCAAAGACCAUCCGUGACCCCGAGAGCCGCGAUGUCCGUGUCAACACCAUGCUGUCCAUCAGCGCCAUGCUCAUGCUGGUCGAUGUCGAUGAGGACGAGACUUCGCUCAACGCCGUGCAGGAGUUCAUUCCUGCCAUGGUCGAUGUUCUCAAGGAUGCCGUCGAGAGCGGCGACUCUGACAGGAUUCAGCAGUCCUUUGAGGUCUUCCAGUCAUUCCUCGCCUACGAGUCGGCUCUCAUCAACAAGUACUUCAAGGACCUGGUCUUCUUCAUGAUGGAGCUGGCCAGCAACACCCAGGCCGACGAGGAUGUUCGCAACCAGGCGCUUGCCUUCCUUGCUCAAUGCGUCCGUUACCGCCGCAUGAAGAUUCAGGGUAUUCCCGACCUCGGUGGCGCUCUCAUGCGCAAGAGCUUGCAGAUUCUCUCCGAGGUUGACGACGACGAUGACGAGGAUGAUGCUACCACCCCCGCCCGCACUGCCCUUGCCCUCAUCGACCAGCUCUCGAGCGACCUGCCUCCCCGCCAGGUCAUCGUCCCUCUCCUCGAGGAGUUCCCCAAGUAUGCCAGCUCGCAGAACCCAGGCGAGCGCAAGGCCUGCAUCCUGGCACUGGGCAACUCUGCCGAGGGCGCUCCCGAGUUCAUGUCCACUCAGAUCUCUGGCCUCAUGCCGGGCGUCCUCCAGCUACUUCAGGACCCCGAGCGCUCUGUCCGCUACUCAGCGCUCCUUGGUCUCAUGCGCCUCGGUGAGGACCUCGCUGACAGCAUGACUGCCCACCACGACGACAUCAUGACUGCCCUUGUCAAGAACCUCGAGCACGCCAACAGCGAUGCCGCGGACGAGAAGAACGCCGAGAUCAUCCGCUCCGUCUGUGGUGUCAUCGACUCCAUGGCCGAGGGCUUUGGCGACGAGAUUAUGCAGAAGUACGGCGAGAGCAUGAUCACCCAGAUUGGUAGCUUCCUCGGACACCCUGAUGUCAAGGUCAAGGCCGCGGCUGCUGGUGCCCUUGGUGCCAUCGCUGCCUCCAUCAAGACUGCCUUCAUUCCCUUCCUGAAGCAGACCAUGGAGGCCAUGUCCGCAUGGGUCACUCUUGAGAACGGCGAGGACGAGCUCGCCCUCCGCUCCGCCGUCUGCAAUGCCAUGGGCCGCAUCGCUGGUGGCGUUGGUGCCAAGGACUUCAGCCCUUACGUCAUGCCCUUGUUGCAGGCCAGCGAGAAGGCUCUUCAGCUGGACAACUCGCACCUGCGCGAGACUACUUUCAUCCUCUGGUCCCAACUCGCUCGUGUCUACGAGGGUGACCUGGGCGACUCUCUCGCCGGUAUCUUCAAGGGUCUCUUCGACAGCCUUGAGCUCGAGGAGCAGGAUGUUGAGCUUGACCUCGCCGAGGACCAGCAGGGCCUUGUCGACGAGGAGGUUAUCAUCGCCGGCAAGAAGAUCAAGAUCAAGGGCAACGAUGAUGACGAUGAUGAGGACGGCAUGGACGACUCGGAUGAUGAGGAUGACUGGGAUGACCUUGUCGGUGUCUCCGCCGCCGCUUUCGAGAAGGAGAUCGCCCUCGAGGUUCUCGGCGAGGUCAUCUACUGCGCCAAGGAGAAGAGCGCUCCGUAUAUCGAGAGAGCGAUUGAGCUCGUGACUCCCUUCGCCGAGCACUCUUACGAGGGCUGCCGCAAGACUGCCAUCGGCACGCUUUGGCGCACGUAUGCUUGUGUCUGUGAGGUCCUCGAGGCCGAGUCCGGCACCAAGUGGCAGCCUGGUCUGCCUCUGCAGACUCCGCUGAACGCCAACAUCGCCAAGCUUGGCGAGAUUGUCUCUACUGCCACUCUCCAGAUCUGGCAGGACGAGUCUGACCGGGACGUCGUCACCGAGAUCAACCGCAGCGUCGCCUUCACCCUCAAGGCUUGCGGUCCCUCCAUCCUCGGCCAGAAGGACUUCAUGCAGCAAGUCAUUACUGUCCUCGGCACAAUCAUCACCCGCUCGCACCCGUCUCAGCAGGAUCUCGGCGACGAGGACGAGGAGCAGGCCGCCGUGCAGGGCAGCUCCGAGUGGGACUGGCUGACCGUCGACACCGCGCUCGACGUCGUCAUUGGCCUCGCCGCCGCCCUGGGCUCCCAGUUCGCCGAGAUCUGGAAGGUCUUUGAGAAGCCGAUCAUGAAGUUUGUCAGCUCGCAGGAGUCCCUGGAGCGCUCGACUGCCGUCGGCGUCGUCGCCGAGUGCGUCAACUACAUGGGCGGCGCUUGCUCCCCCUACACCGCGACCCUCCUGCGCCCGCUCCUGCACCGCCUGUCGGACGAGGACAAGGAGACCAAGUCCAACGCCGCCUACGCCACCGGCCAGCUCGUCUUCCACUCCCAGGACGAGAAGACGUACCUGCCCGAGUACAACAACAUCCUGGCCAAGCUCGAGCCCCUGCUCCAGCUCAAGGACGCCCGCCUCCAGGACAACGCCGCCGGCUGCGUGUGCCGCAUGAUCAUGGCCCACCCGGACAAGGUGCCCAUUGCCAACGUGCUCCCCGCGCUCGUCGACCUCCUCCCGCUCAAGGAGGACUACGAGGAGAACAAGCCCGUCUACCAGUGCAUCCACAAGCUUUACGCCAUGUCCGAGCCCACCGUCCAGCAGCUUACUCCCAAGCUCAUCCCCGUGUUCCAGCAGGUGCUCAGCCCCCCUGAGGAGCAGCUCGAGGACGACGCCACGCGGGCUCUCGUGCAGGAGCUCCUGACCCACCUGUCCAAGUAGAGAGAAAGGAGAAGAGAGAAAGCACGACCACUGCGAUAUCUUCCCCCUCCUGGAUCAAAUGGAGCUCAAGGCAGCAACAAAGAAAAUGGGUAAUGGUAUGAUGAUUACGGUUGGCAUGGCAUACAUACAAAAAUUGGCGAACGAACGAUACGAACGGAACGAACGUCCUGGCAAUGGAUUGGGCUCUUUUCUACCUCUUUCUUUUCGCGGUCGAUCUAGGUUGAUCGUGGCUUGGGAAGAGAAGAAGAAAAAGGGAUAACUUACCUGGCUGGUACAUGGAUGAUAGGAUGGUUGGGCACACAUUUGGUUGGUUUAGCGUUUGCAUAGAUUCCCCCCCGGUCCCCUUUAUUUCCCCUACACACACAGACAUAGAGCAUCAUCAGACCGUUGUUGUUCGCACCAGAACAUGGCUGGUCUUUUCCUUUUUUUCAAAUAAAUAGUCACAACACCUCAACAAACACUUAAAUGUCCAUGA